ACAACACACGUGACUUAAGAGGCACGGGAGUUUACUUUUGUCAUAUGUCUUUGACUGCGUUCCGAUAUUAACUGCCAGUAAAAUCUAGAUUUGUGAUAUCAGGAAAGUAAAAUGUGACAAAAAGUUGACGACUCUAAAAUUCUCUGAAGUGGUUUGAGUCUUCGCUAAAAGCGUCGGUAAUAGUUUGGUUUUAGGUUUAGAACGAACAACACCGUAAAGAGGAAAUGUAUUGUACAGCAGAGAUUGUUUAAUAUAUUUUGUGAAGAUGAGAAAAUGGACGCUGUCAAUCCUACACCUCAGGAUUUGCAGAGGAAGCUUUACUUCCUGGUGGAGCAAUUGCAACACAUGGCCGGGGAGCUUCCGCCUAAAUAUCAGAUGCGACUGCCGUACGAACUGCUGUCCGGUCUGGCAAAUUCUUUGCUGAACGACACCAUCUUUGAGAUCGUGAAAGGUUUGAUGGAGAUACAGCACGUCACCGAAAAACACUUGUUUCAACAACGGCUCCAACUCCUGAAUCAGCACAAGAUCGAAUGUCAGGAAGCAUUGUCCGCAGCGACAACGGAGGAGGAACAGACAGCGAUGAAGGUGGCGCUACAGAAGAAGCACAAGGACGAGCUAAAGGAGUUGGAUAUGAAGUUGGUGUUGCAGCUGGAUCAGAAAGUGACGGAUCAACAGAGCAUACUGGAAAAGGCAGAUGUUCCUGGGUUCUAUGUGACAAAUAAUCCAACGGAAAUUCAAGUACAAAUGAGACUGUGCGAUUUUAUAAUAAGACUCAGUAAAAUGGACGUACCAAGUUGAUAUAGUAUUUAUCACUUAAAUUUAAGAGAUACUCUUUGUCAUAUUUAUAAUAAAAUUUAUACAUUAUAAGAAAGUUUUUUUGCGUGUUACUUUAUUAAUAUGAAUUUAUUAUAUAAAUUUCUGUUUGUUGUCGCAAAUAAUUGCAGUCUUUAAGAGUGAUAUUUUUUCCAGAAAGAAAAAACAAGAGAUUUAUUAUAAAAUGCUUUAUUUAAGUCAAGAUCAUUUUGUACAGUGCAUACGUAACAUUGUCUAAUCACAACACUUAAGUAAAAUGUAUGCAAAAUGUGUUUUCCUCUAUGUGUUAAGAACAAAAGUACUUUCGUUAAGUUAUAUACAAGAACAUUAUAU